AUGGGGCUUCGCCAAGGAUGUCCUCUGUCCCCAUAUCUGUUUAUUAUUUGCUCUGAUGUGCUCUCUUAUGCCCUACAUAUAGCUUGCGAGGACCAGGGGUUGGCUGCCUAUAGUCUAGCCCCUGGCGCCUGCCCUAUUUCUUAUUUGUUGUUUGCAGACAAUUGCCUGCUGCUUGCCAGGGCGAGAGCGAGGGAUGCACGAGCCUUUCAGAGAGUGCUGGCUGAGUACUGUGCGGCGUCUAGGCAGAGGAUUAAUUUUCAGAAAUCAUCUAUGCAUUUCAAUCCGAGCACGGAGAGGAGGGUGCGACGGGAGAUCAGGGCGUUACUGGGGAUGCAGGAGCAGGAGGGGGCUCUGGACUAUCUUGGAGUCCCCAUCACCGGAAGGAGGCUGCGGGUAGCGGAGUGUUCCACAUUGGUGCAGAGAGUGCAGAGUAGGCUUAAGGGUUGGAGGGCCUCAUCGCUCUCUAUGAUGGGCAGGUUGACGCUGGUCAGAUCAGUGCUUUGUUCCAUGCCUGUUUACAUUAUGGCUCAUACUGUUGUGCCGAAGAUGGUGUUGGUGGGGAUAGAGCGGCUUAUGCGUAGCUUCCUGUGGGGCUCCUUGGGGAGGGGUCAUGGGAUGCAUCUGGUGGCCUGGGAGAGAGUUUGUCUGCCUCUGAGUGAGGGUGGUUUGGGGGUACAGUCACUCCUGGCGAGGCGGGCAGUGCAGAUUGUUCUGGAGCCACAUGGACACUGGAGUCAGAUCAUGAUAGCGAGAUAUGGUCGGGCAGGCUUAGUGGGCCAGGUUGUGGGCAGCCGGAGGAGCUCUUUCAUGUGGCGAGAGGUUGGGAGGUAUCUGCCUAUGGCCCGAGCACACUCUAGGUGGUUAAUUGGCGACGGCCAGACCAUUGACGUGAUGAAGGACCCAUGGGUGGAUGCACUUCCGCUGAGCUUGUGGCCGACGAUGAUCAGUGGUGAGGGGGCUGUGGGACUCCGGAUAUGCGAUCUCCUCGUGCCAGGGGUUAUGGAGUGGGAUGAUGACAGACUGGGCCAGUUGUUUGGGGAGCACUUAGCGGAGCGGGUGCGGGCUCUUUCCGUCCCGGGAUCAGCAGGUCCUGAUGUUAGGGUAUGGAGCACCACCUGCAGGGCUAGAGUCAGAGUUGGUGAUGUUUCUCGGGUUCUUCAGCAGGAGUCCGAGUUGGGCAGGGACUGUGGUUGGGUGGAGGAGUCAGUGGAUCAUGCACUUUUUCAGUAUGUUUGGGCGAGGACUUGGAGGCUGUCAGGGCUCUCGGAGGGUACUUGGAGCCAGAGGGAUAGCUUUCUGGAGGUGGUUCGGCGUUGGUCUAGCUCCCCUCAGAUGCGUUUUGCGGCUAUUAGGGCGUCAUGCAUAGCUUAUCAGGUGUGGAUGGCCAAGAACGUCCGAGUUUUUGGCAAGACCAGUCUGUCCCCACGGUUUGUGAUGGAGCGGGCACGGGCACAGGCAGCAGAGUUCUUUCAUGCAGAUACGGACUAUGGACCUUUGACAGCUUGGGACACCUGGGGCCCCCAUCCUGCUUCGGCAGCUUCUCAUAUGGUGUUUUUCACCUGGGAUCCCCAACCCCCGAGUUUUCUCAAGAUCAAUUUUGAUGGCUCAAUCCAGGAUGGAGGCAGGAGGGGAGGGGCCGGGUUUGUCAUGAAAGGCCUGGAUUCCAGCACGGUGGCAGCAGAGGGCUGUCAGAUCUUCGACAUCUCGAUCCCAGGGGCUGAGCUGCGAGCGACUUGGAUGGGAUUGUGGUAUGCGCGAUUUGUUUUUCGGGCGAGUUCCAUCCUCUUGAAGGGAGACUCGGCCACAGUGAUCAGCUGGGUUCGAAAGGGCCCUCCCAGCGAUGGAGGAGUUCAUUUUUUGCUCCGUGACAUAUGGUUGAUGGUGAGGGAGGGGGUGCUUUUUCGAGCUAUGCAUGUAUAUCGUGAGGCCAACGGAGCAAUGGACUGGGUGGCGGCGUAUGUUGCGAGCCACUCAGGAGACACCCUAUAG